CCAGACUAAUGAGUUCCGAGAACACGUACUCGCUCUCCAGGGAGCAUUGUAACCUGAAGUAUUCGGACAUCCUGCCUCAAAAUGCCGAAGGUUUCCCGGCGACCAGGGAGUUCCUGAUGAAGGUGGUGGACAUUCUGUUGGAUUUUAUCAAGUCCACGAACGAUCGAAACGCGAAGGUCCUCGAAUUUCAUCAUCCAUCCGAGAUGAUGCGUUUGCUGGACCUUGAAAUACCGGAUUCUGGUCUGACCCUACAACAACUGCUCAUCGACUGCUCCACUACUCUGAAGUACCAAGUUAAGACUG